UGCGUGGCUUAGUACCUCCCAAAACACACAUCAUGAAGUACUUUGCUAUCUGCGCUCUACUAAUACUCCCGCUAGUCAGCGGAGGCGUCGUGCCCCAGCCCAGGAACUUCGUAUAUGAGAUCCACCAUCUGCCUUCCCCAUCUGAUCUGAGUGCAAUUGUCGAGCAGGUUCAGACCUUAGUGCAGAACUUGGUCCGGGAUAAUGCUGAUCAGAUUCCGGAUAUGUCCGUUCAGGCUGAUGCCGGUUUUCUGCCCGAUAUUUCCAUGAUCACCGAUGCUGACGAAACAACCAAGCGGACUUAUUUUGGUCUAAAGAGGGCCCCCAUUGCCAAGUUUGUUGGAGCAGCUGGCAGUGCCGAUGGUGAUAUGAUUCCCGACCUUUCCGUUGUCUCCGAUGCCGAUGACACCCCCAAGAAGGCCAUCGCUGGACUGAAGACUCUUCCUAAGCUCGCCAAGGUUUCCGGAGCCGAGCCUGUGGAGCCCCAGGCCGAUGCCGAUUUGAUCCCAGACAUUUCCGUGGCCUCCGAUGCCGAUGACACCCCCAAGAAGGCCAUCGCUGGACUGAAGACUCUUCCUAAGCUCGCCAAGGUUUCCGGAGCCGAGCCUGUGGAGCCCCAGACCGAUGCUGAUUUGAUCCCAGACAUCUCCGUGGCCUCCGAUGCCGAUGACACCCCCAAGAAGGCCAUCGCUGGACUGAAGACUCUUCCUAAGCUCGCCAAGGUUUCCGGAGCCGAGCCUGUGGAGCCCCAGACCGAUGCUGAUUUGAUCCCAGACAUCUCCGUGGCCUCCGAUGCCGAUGACACCCCCAAGUCGGCUAUGGCUGCUGCCUUGAAGACUCCACCCCAGGUUCCUGAUUUGGUUGUUGCCCAUAGUGCUGCCACAGCAGAUGUGGACCAGGUCCCCGCCAUGUCCCUGGCCAGCGAUGCCGACUUUAAUCCCAAGGCCUCAAUUUCCGAACAAAUGGCCAAGCUUCUCCAGAAGAAACUCCACUAAAUGACAUCAGAUUCUGGUUAAACUUUAAAAAAUCGAUAGAUAUCUCUCUGGUUGUGUGUAUUUGUGUUCAUAAGUUUUAUGAUUGCCAUUAAUCAAUUCGAGCAGCACAGAA